UCCUUUUUUGGACUGUCGGCGCUGUCGCCGGUCUCGUGGGUCCGCGCUGCUGCGCCGCCUGGGCCGUCACCAUGGUGAAGCUGAGCAAAGAGGCCAAGCAGAGGCUGCAGCAGCUCUUUAAGGGCGGCCAGUUUGCCAUCCGCUGGGGCUUUAUCCCUCUCGUGAUUUACCUGGGAUUUAAGAGGGGUGCAGAUCCUGGAAUGCCUGAACCGACUGUCUUGAGCUUACUUUGGGGAUAGAGGACUGUUUGGUCACCUGGACUUGGAAGCAGUCAAUGGACAGUAACAACACAGAAGGCGUGCGCUCUGGCUGGGAUAAGAGAUGGGACAUCGUUCAGACAUUCAGCAAGUGAAUGGCACAGGGCUCUUCUCGGGUGCAUCUGUGGCAGAGUGGAACCUCUACUGACCUACUAAUGGUAGACUGUAUCAAAAUAAAUGUCUCUGACAAUGUUCU